AUGAGCGCCGGAGGCCUGUACUUCCUCUCUGGUCUCCACACCAGCUACCAAAAGAGCCACAACGGAGGUUACAAGGUGGGGGAGACGGUCAUGGAGGUGAAGGAAGUGCUGGACGGCUUGCACGGCCAGGGCACUGGAGGUGCGUUGCAGCACGUUUCACCGGCCAUCGCCAGCUUCGACUGCAUGCCGGACCUGUGCGUGUUCGUCCACCGUUCGUACGAGCCAAAGGUGCAGAAUGGCAAGUCCGACUUCCACACGGCUGCCAUGGCACAGAAGCCCGUGACGGACAAGAUCGCGCCACACAACUAUGAUCUCUUCUAUGAGAAGUAUCUCAACAGCAUUCACCUGGGCGGACGCUCCAUCGCCCCCUACGACAAUCAGUGCCACCUCCCUUCGUUCGCCUCGCCGAUCAGUUACUUCAAGAACAUGCUUGAGAUCCACAUCUUCGAGUUUAGCCAAAACUGCGCCCAGUCAUGGGCGCUAGAACACAAGCCCGACGCUGAGCUUCACUUUGGGGAUCAGGCCAACGUCGCUCACCUUCAGGCCAUGCUGGACAAGCUCACCGGUCCGAUCGACAUCCUGAUCGAUGAUGGUGGGCACUCGAUGAACCAGCAGAUCACCUCCUUCAACUAUCUCUUCCCCCACAUGAGGGUCGGCGGCCUCUACUUCCUAGAAGAUCUCGAGACCAGCUACAAGCCCAAUUACGGAGGAGGCUACAAGGGGAACACGACGGUCGAGUACAUCAAGGACCUGCUCGACAACUUGAACGGCCACGGACCCGAAGGUCCCGUGUCGGACCUCAUCGCCAGCAUCGAUUGCCAGAAGGAACUCUGCCUCUUCGUGCGCGGCGAGAAGAGACCCAGCAAGGCCAAGCCGUGGUGGCAAUGA